UUCAUAAAGUCAUAUGUACAAAUAUUUUUUUAGAAAAAUCCUUAAAUGGCUAAAUUAUAUAAACUCAAAAAAAAUGGAUUAUGGUUUGGUUUAGGAUCAUCAACAACAAUAUUAACUGCAUUUCUUUUAUACAAGAACAACAAAUGGAUAUCUAGUCAUAUAACUAUGUCACAAUCUAAUGAUGAUAACCCAAAACCAGUUCAUAAUAGUGAAAUGAAUGCAGAUACUUACUCUCUCAAUUUUAAAAUAUUCUUAAAAGUGAAAGAUGAUAUCAAUACAGCUUAUGAAAAAUCGAGGUCUUUUUACAAAGAGUGUACUAUGGAGAAUAUCAAGGAAACCAUGAAAUUUUAUAACCCUAUAGGUAGAAUGGUAGCUUGGAUCCACUCGAGAAGCACUAACCCACUGAUAAUAUUAGAACUAUGCAGAAGUAAGGACCCUAUCAUCAGAGAGAUUGGGAUCAAAACACUGGCCGAGAUGAACGACGAAUGGGGAGACUGGCAAUAUAGCACGAUCAGGCAGGCCUUAGAUUUUAGAGCCAUGAUCACCUUAGCAAAGUAUUCAGAAUACACCGACCUCAGGCUAUUCCCACAACCUCCCAUGUUACCCAAAGUCGUAUCAUCCAAAGACGAAAAUGUAAAUCUGGCCAAUCUUUUGGGAGUAUUUCCACCUCCCAAUUCCGACAAGUGCUUAGGAGUGUUUAACAACUAUUCCCUCUUCCAAGGUAAUUCGGCUGAUUUUCUUUACCACGAUUCCGCCGCGUUCGAUUCUGAGUUGGUGAAAGAGGAUAUCGAUUCUAUCAUCGACAUGAAUGCCAAGAGGCUUUCCGCCCUCCUCAUACAUACCUCCUCUUAUCCAUUAACUUCCGGUCUCCAAAACUGCCAGAAAUUUGUCUCUAACAAAGGGCUCCAAAUUCUGCAGCAAUUAAUCAUCAAAGACGGUGCUAUGCCACCUACCGAAAGCAAAAUUCAUGAUUUGAGCAGACCAGAACCCUUGGGACCCACUCCAGAAGAUUCCAUUCAAAAAAUCGAUAUCCUGUGCCGACUGGCAGACAUAAUAAGCAACGUAUGUCAAUUUCCUCAAUUUGCGCCUCAGAUAUCUCAGUCCGGUUGGCUCGGUAUUUUAGUUCGUUGGAGUCGAAGCGAUAAUUUAAGCCUGUCUCUCAGAGCCUUCCGGGCUUUAACUAAUCUAGACUUUCCUAACAGUGGUUUAGUUUACCCGGCCGGAGUCUAUCUGUGCCACCCGCUGUACAACCCUCAGUUUUCAUCUCAAAUAAUCAUGGAUUCCUUUCAAAAACCUCUCAAAAAGCCUUCUCUCAUCACCCACCUAGAAAAUGUAUUUCACCAUAAAACCGCCACCCCGGGUAAGGGGUUACGAAAUCUCAACUCGGGUGAAGAUCUUAAACAGGCGGAAGACCCCGGAAAAGGGAAACUUUCGAGUUUUGUAGCUGACGCGUAUUUUGUUCACGGAUUAAUGGGGGACCCCUUCAAAACUUGGAGAAAGGCCGAUAGACCGCAAGCCGUUAUUGAGACGGAAAAAUUGAAAACGGCCAGGCAGCCCUUACCUAACGUAACGCAGAUAUGUUGGCCAAAGGAUUGGUUAUCCAAAGACAUCCCAUCGUUAAGAAUAAUGCUUCUCAGUUAUGAAACCUAUUUGAGUGAAUGGGCGCCUAAAUUCCCUCUAGAACAGGACAAAAGGUCGAUUCAAGAUAGGAGCGUUGAUUUGCUCAAUAAAAUUGUCAUUUCCAGAAAAUCCUAUUAUGGAGAUGGUGGGAUUGAUAGCAAGGAUUUUUUCGAGGAUUCUAAGAUCAUCAGAAGGCCCAUUAUAUUCGUAACCCAUUCCUUGGGAGGUUUAUUGAUCAAGCAAAUGCUCAUUAAAGCCCACGAAUCAAACAAUUCUGAAUGGAAGAAUAUUCUUAAAGAUACUUUAGGUGUGGUAUUCUAUUCUACACCCCAUAGGGGAAGCCCCAUAGCUAAAUACACUUCUCAAGCUCACCCCAUAUUCUACCCUUCAUUGGAAGUCAAACAGUUGCGAUUAAAUAAUCCAGAUUUGCUGACGUUAAACGAAAAGUUUCUCGAACUAAUCAAAGCGUACGGCAUAUCUUGUUUAAGCUUCGGCGAAACGCGGAAUAUCAACGUCAAUUCCUACAUUAAAAUGAUGAUAGUUCCACUGACAUCUUCAAAUUUGGGUUCAGGACAAUUUUACGAACUGCCUUCCAAUCACUUAUACGUUUGCAAGCCUCAUACCAAAUCUAGCCCUCAAUACAGUAUUUUAAUAGAUUUUUUUCAGGAUACCUUGACCCGCCACCAAGAGCGGAUGUUAGCUCUCAGGGAGGAUUUGGAGCCGGGAUCGCUUAUGCCAAAAAUCAUCUCCAACUUAUUUGUCCGCGAGGAAACUAUCAAAAAAUUUCUGAGAUACAACCAUAAAUGCAAUAAAAUUAACAAGGAUUACAGAUUACUUUUUCCUUUAUUUUAAAUAUGCUCUAUUAUAUUUUAAUGUUUAUAUUUUAAAGAAAUAACUAUGAAUAUUAAUUAAGUCGUCAUUAUAAGUCGUUAUAUAGAUCUCAUUUCCAUCAUAAUCUUUACUACUAUUUUGAAUAUAUGUAAUUUAUUGUGCUUUAUUGAGCGCUUAUUGCUUGGCGAAUAUCUCAAUUUAUAUCAACCCAACUUUCUUAUACAACUCGAAUCAUUAAAUAGUCAUUGCGAUCAUGCCUAUUGAAUUAUAUAUCUUUUAAAAAUUUUUACUUAGGAUUUAACGCAAACCAUAUUCCAUAUUUUGAAAUACAAGUCAUAAUAAAAUUAUACCUAUUAUAUUUAUAUCAUAUCUAGUCAUUUAAUU